AUGAAACCGAACACUCGUGUCGAUGUUAAAGUCCUGACAUUGCCAGCACCCCUAGUACAGAAUGUACAGAGGGAGUGGACUUGUGCUGUGUGUCAAGUAACCACGACGAGUGAGGCAACGCUGAAUUCACAUCUUCAAGGAAGGAAACACAAGAUCAAAUGCGAGGAGUUAAAAGCAGGAAAGCAGACGACAAUGAGAGUAGUAACCAUUGGCGGAACAAACAGAGUGAGGUAUUGUACAAUAUGUCAGGUGAAAACUCAAAGCGAGGCAAUAUGGAAUUCACAUGUUCAGGGAAAGAAACACAAGUCUAAGUGCAAGGAGUUACGAGCAAUAGUGAAAGCGGAAAAGAAUAACUUCUCAAGUACUGCAACCAAGUCAUGUCAAGCUAAUCAAGAUCCAAAUAACAGGUUUGGUUGUGAUAUAUGUCAGAUGACGUUACAGAGCGAGGUGACACUGCAGUCACAUCUUCAGGGGAAAAGGCACAAGUCGAAUUCUGAACAGUUCAAAGCCAGAAAGAUGGCAGAGGAAUAUGCAUUUCCAGCUUCUUAA